AUAUUUGGAGAGCGAUUGCACUUUAACCAAAUUGGGUUUGGCUUGAAAGAAAUUAGCUGGCCAUGAAAGCAAGAAAAGCAACGUAAACGACCUUGCAAAGAGGUAGAUGGAAAGAAAGGGGUUGGGAGAGUCCAAAGACAGAAGACCCCAGUCGAUGACUCAAUUAGAAUUCACUUUUACUUAAAUGAUCGUUCAGAUAAACACUUCCGAGAGAAUCGGAGAACUAAGACGGAACCCGAGAGUUACAGAGAAUCGAAGAGAGGCUCUCUUUCUCUCUCCGAUGUCGUCUAAUCAAAACAAAUAAUGCCAACAGUCCAUGGCGGCUUGAAUCAUUAAUUUAGUUCUAUAUUCCGAGGAAAAGCAGCCGGAUCGCUCAGUGCUGCGGAACAAUUUUUUAAAAACAAUAACAAGGAAAAAUAAAAACCAAGCACGAGAAGUUGAUUUUAAACAAGAUUAGUUACUAAAACAAUUUUAUCAAGGCUAAAUAGAGUGAACUCCAAAACCAAAAACCGAAGGCUGUUCCAUAAUGAAGCAAAAAUUUCUGUUAUUGUUCCUUGCGAUAACAGUGCUGCUCCUGGCCACUGGAGUUCAGGGUCAGCACGAAGACAUUCCUUACCAACCAGUGACCAAUAUCUGCCAGACUUGUACAUGCGGCUCCAGCCAGGUUAACAAUCGGACAAACUUUAACUUGGACUGCGCGCUGCAAAAGUUCGAGCACAUCCUGGCCAGAUGGCCAGCGGAGUUUGGUAGCCAGGCGAUAGCGACUGUAGCUUCUACGGAGAUUGUGGCCACGUUCUCGGGCAACAAUAUCAAGUUGCUCCAACAGCUGCCGGCCACAAAUGCCAGCUUGACAUUCUCCUGCCGGCACUGUGGUAUCCAGGAUCUGCAGAGUCCUCUCUUCAUGGACGUCCCGAAUGUGGAGGCCCUCUACCUCAGCUGGAAUGAGCUAUCCGAUGACGCCCUAGUUCCGGAUCUCUUCAGAGGUCCUUUUCGGAACACUCGCUACGAACCUAUUGGUUUGCGUGAUCUGGACUUGAGUCACAACAAAAUUGCUCGACUGGAUCGUCGACUCUUCGAGCAUACUCCACAUUUGACCUCGUUGAAUUUGGCCUACAAUAAACUGACUCCCCUGGAUGAAGCCACCACAGCGGCCGUGGCAUCAGUAGUCACUCUGGAGCGCCUGGAUCUCUCCCACAAUGGCUUGAAGUCUCUGCCAGCGGGUCUUUUUCUAAAGUUGAAAAACCUCCGUACCCUGGAUGUAUCCGGAAAUGAGUUUACUGGGAUCCCAGCAAGUUUUCAGCAGUUGGGCAACUCGUUGGUUCAACUGAAUCUGGCUGAAAAUCCCUUUCCCAGCUUGAAGGAGAAUAGUUUCCAGGGCUUGGUUUCCUUGAAACGUCUGAACAUCAGUGGCAUGCCAUCUCUGCGAAGUCUAGAAAAGGGAGCCCUCAGAUUGCCUGCCUUGGAGCAGUUAGAUUGCUCCAGAAAUUCCAAGCUAGAGCGCUUUGAGUUGGCGGAUCUGCUAGAAAGUCGACAUUUAUUGGAGUUGGAUUUGUCCAGGAAUGCAUUAAGCGGUUUGGUUUUGAAUAUCACCAGCUCUGGCAGCAGCAAUUCUACUAAUGCCACCGGCAAUACUGAGCCCUGGUCACGUCUUCGCCGCUUGAACAUUGUCGGAAAUCCUUGGAAUUGCAACUGCGAUCUCUUCAAAACCCUAGAGACAUUAGGGAUCGCGCACAUCGAACGGGAAACAGAUGGAACAGAGGCACGCUGUGAAACCCCAUAUCUGCUGGCUGGAUCGCCGCUUUCCAAUUUGACAGCCGAACGGAUCUGCAAGAUGGUGAUACCAAAGAAGUAUCGUGAGGUGGACGAGGAGCCACCGCGAUUCCUGCGACGUCGCUAUAUCAUACUCACCGCCAUCAUAGCCAGUGUGGUGCUGGUGAUCGGCCUGGUGAUCGGAUUCGUUGUGGUUUGUGUGCGCCGACGGCUGAAGGGCAGCGAUUACGGGAUACAGCCCAUCCGGUACACCAGCGUAAGGGGUAGCAAUCUGUCGCAAAUCUCGCAGCUGCAGCCCGCCUCGGUGGCCAGUAAAUUCAAGAAUGUCCAUGCCGAGAGCAGCAGUGGGGUAACCACGGGUGCUGCCAAUGCCUAAACACGGUAUAAAAAUCCUAAUUCGGUUCCAAUUCCGAGCUAGCUGCACAAGUUUCGAGCCAAAGAUGUCCACGACAGUGUUGCGAACCCAACCGAAAAAGACUUCCUGUGCGUGCUAUCCUGUAUAUAAGUGUCCCCUGUAUUAGUUCCCACCAUUGAGCUAAUCCUCCUAAUCCUAACCCCAGUCCCCGAAACUAACCCUUUAGUAUUUAGUGCUGCCAUCGAUGUUUGUAUUGUACUUAAGUUUCGAACAUUAGUGUGUAAUAAAACAUUUUUAAAAUACAUUUCAAAGUA